AUGACCACUAAUGGAAGAGGAAAAAUAAUUCCUAUAUAUUAUUUUAUACCAAGUGAUUAUGACUCUGAAGAAUAUCCAAAUAUGUUUCAUAUAAAUACACAAUCUAAUAUUACUAUAAAACACAUUCGAAGUAAAUUUCCUUUAUUAGGAAAUUAUUACUUUAGAUUUAAAGUUAAAAAUGGAGAUUCAUAUGUUUGGAUGGAUCCUAAAGAAGAUGAUGAAAUUCCUCCAACAUAUAAUGGUUUAAUCAUUUCCAAAGUUUUAAGAGUAUCAUGGGAUUCAAAUAAUUAUAAUAUACAAAAUAUACAUAAUAAAAUUAAUCAUGAUAAAUUAAUUGAAAAUCCAAUCUCCUCAGUAAUGAAUAAUCAAGAUAUAAAAUUUCGCAAUUUAUCUAAAGCACAGACAUUACCUACAACUAACUAUAUUCCAAACAACGAUCUAAUUGACCUUAAUACAUCGCAUAAUAACUGGCUAGAUAAUGGAUAUAUCUAA